CACUAGACUCUUCUGUUUUCAUUACUAUAUUUAGUAAAAACCCGGCAGGCUUGUCAUGCUUGAAUAAAGUAACCACCAGAGUUGUCACUAUAAUUUUUAAACUAAAUAAUGUCAAUAAGUCAUUUUCAUCUCUGGUCACACUAAGCUCAGUUUCAACGCGUAUUUUGCUUGUAGUUGAUUUAUAAAUUUCGUUUGUGAAAAUAGAGAAACAGCUACAAUUAUGGCGCAAUUCGAUCUAGUACAUAUCAACUGUCAAUAUCUGGACAGACAUUUGACGUUUCCUUUGCUGGAAUUUUUGUGCGGCAAGGAGAUCUACAACCAGCAAGAACUACUGGAAUACAUUCUGGAGACGGUAAAGAAGACGAACAUGAUCGAUUACACCAUGGACACACGGAAGCGCUUGAAUCUUAGCCAGGAGAUGCCCGAAGAGCUAGUGCAGCAAAAAGCCGACGUCCUGGCUACGCUCAAGCAGUUGCAGAACGAAGUGGCGCCCAUCAUGAAGGCAACUGAUAUUCUGAAGGACGGCGAGACCAUGAAGGAUUCGAAAACAUUCGUAAGUGCCUUGCAAAGGGACUACAAUUUCAAAAUGGAACAUUUAUACAGCGCCUACAAGUUGGCCAAGUAUUUGUACGAGUGCGGCAACUAUCAGGAGUCCACUUCGUAUCUGUACUUCUGUUUGAUUGUCAUGGCUCCGAGCGAUAAGAACUAUUUGGAUGUUUUGUGGGGUAAACUGGCGGCUGAAAUUUUAACGUUGAACUGGAAUACGGCUUUGGAGGAUCUGACACGUCUGCGGGAUUACAUUGAUAAUGCCAGUUUUUCAACCCUUCAGGCCCUGCAGCAGCGGACUUGGCUCAUACACUGGUCUGUGUUGGUGUUCUUCAAUCAUCCGAAAGGCCGGGAUCUGAUCAUCGAGAUGUUCCUGUAUAAGCCAUUGUAUUUGAAUGCCAUUCAAACCAUGUGUCCCCACAUAAUGCGUUAUCUGGCCACCGCUGUGGUCAUUAACCGCACUCGUCGCAAUGCCCUUAAGGACUUGAUCAAGGUUAUCCAACAGGAGUCGUAUACCUAUCGCGAUCCUAUAACCGAAUUCCUCGAGUGCCUGUAUGUGAAUUUCGAUUUUGAGGGUGCUCGUCUCAAGUUGCACGAAUGCCAGACAGUCAUUCUCAACGAUUUCUUCAUUGUGUCCUGCCUGAAUGAGUUUGUCGAGGACGCGCGUCUAAUGAUUUUUGAAACGUUCUGUCGUAUCCACCAGUGCAUCACCAUUAGCAUGUUGGCUGAUAAGCUCAACAUGAAGCCCAACGAAGCCGAAUGCUGGAUAGUCAACUUGAUUCGAAAUGCCCGUCUCAAUGCCAAAAUUGAUUCGAAACUUGGCCAUGUUGUGAUGGGCACCCAGCCCCUGAGUCCCUAUCAGCAAUUGGUGGAAAAAAUUGACUCCCUGUCCAUGCGUUCGGAGCACUUGGCCGAUCUAAUUGAGCGUAAGAGCAAACAAAAAAAUCAAGAAUCCAUUGACUCCUGGAAAUAUUAUUAGAAAUGUGGCCUACCCAUAAGUUUUUAAGUUAAAUAUUGUAUUUUUAACGAGAUUUUGUCAUUUGAGGGGGAAUAAAACAACAAUCUUGUUCGCAUAAACAAAAAAAAA